CCCGCCAUGGCCGACUCUGCCGCUCAAUCCGCCGCCGACCCCGCCACCGCACCCUCGACCACCGCCUCGGGCGAGUCGACCCCGGCCGUUUCGUCGUCGUCGGCCGUCGCGACCCCGGCCGCCGUGGGCGAGAGCAAGCCCGCCUCGCCUGCGCCCGCGCCUGCGCCUGUGCCCACCUCCAAGCCUACGAGCGUGCAGCAGCCGGACGAGUCGGACGACGAUGACGAUGACGACGACGACGAUGACGACGAGGACGAUGGCCCUGGGCUCAGCUUCCUCAUCGCCGACGGCGACGCCGACUCGGACGACGAAGACGACGAGGACGACGGCGACUUUGACGCGGCCGCCGCCGCGACGGUCGAGGAGCCCGACGAGGAACUCGACGCCGACGCGCUCGACGCCGACGAGAGCUUUGUCGCGCCCGCCGCUGUGGCCGACGACGCCGAUGCCGACGCGAGCGAGCAGCCGAGGAAGAGGAGACGCGUUGCGGCGGCCGGUACGGGUGCGGCCAAGAAGGACUGAGCCGGGGCGGGCGAGCGCGCUUUCGGGUCGAGCAAGGACGAGGAUCGCGAGACGGACGAAGUAUCUUUGCGCGAGGACGCUGUACAACACAUGUCAAAACACACACACACGGGUUCCCUCCC